UCUCUCUCUGUCGCCAUUCUAUGCCUGGUCCACUUUCUGUGAUGGAGCUCUCCUCUGCUUAGGGACACUAUUUGGAUAUUUACUUAACUCUAGCUCUGUGUGUGUGUGUGUCAUGUUGCGUGUGUUCAUUCUGUGUGCACAGCACCUGCAAACACCAGAUGAUGAUGUCAGCGACGCCUACUGCACGGUCACCCAUGAAGGCUCUAAGAAGAAGACCAAGGUCAUCAAAAAUAAUGCCAAUCCUGUUUGGAAUGAGGGGUUCGAAUGGGACUUGAAGGGGGUCCCUUUGGACUCGGGGGCUGAGCUGCACUGUGUGGUCAAGGACCACGAGAAAAUGGGGAGGAACAGGUUUCUCGGUGAAAGUCGACUUUGUGUCAGAGACAUGCUAAGCUCUCCCAACAUGGCGGCCUCCUUUACCGUCUCUCUGCUUGACACCAAGAGGAACAACACAGGGGGAACACUCACCUUGCAGGUGUCCUACAUCCCUCCUCCAGGGUCAACUCAUGUCUUCCAGUCUCCGUGCCUGCCUGAGGUCCUGCCGCACAACAACCCCAAUGUGGAGCUAGACACUGUCACAAUGAUCUCCCUGGACACUCUGGGCGAGGAAGACACAGAGAGCAUGAUCAUGCUCGAGGUCCCUGAGGACCAAGGUGCGGAUGACGGACGCUCCAUGGUGGUGGUCGGCCCCCAAGGACCUCAAGGGCAGGAGUCACCUGCUGCCCAGACCCCAAAACGUUCUCCGCCAUCCUACAACACUCAUGGAAGGUUCAAGAAGAGGAGGAAGGGAGCCAACAGUCAGGCCAAACCUCUUUCCAACAAGUCUCAGGACAUUCAGGUUCGUGUGCGAGUCAUUGAGGCUCGACAGCUGCCGGGCAUCAACGUCAAACCUGUUGUCAAUGUGACGGUGGCUGGACAGAGCAGGAGAACACGUAUUCGCAAGGGCAACAACCCAGUCUUUGAUGAGACUUUUUUCCUGAACUUCUUCGAGACGCCAUCUGACUUGUUUGACGAAGCCAUCAUCAUUAUGGUGUGCGACUCGCGCUCCCUUAGGACAGACGCCAUGAUCGGACAGUUUAAGCUUGAUGUGGGCGCUGUCUACAAUGAGCACCGACACUGCUACUUAAGAAAAUGGCUGCUUCUCUGUGACCCUGACGACCUGUCUGCUGGGGUUAGAGGUUACCUGAAGGUCAGCCUCUUGGUGCUGGCCGCCGGAGACGAGCCACCGGCGGACAAGCGUGAUUGUGUGGAGGAGAAGGACGACAUUGAAGGAAACCUGCUGCGACCAGCUGGUCUGUCCCUCAGAGGAGCGUCUUUUACCUUGAGAGUUUUCAGAGCUGAGGACCUUCCUCAGAUGGACGAUGCCUUCAUGGACGGCGUGAAGCAGAUUUUUGGCUUUGACAGUAAUAGGAAGAACUUGGUGGAUCCCUUAGUAGAGAUCCACUUUGCUGGCAAAACAGUCUGCACCAAAGUUCUGGAGAAGAAUGCCAAUCCACAAUGGCACCAGAGUCUCACAAUGCCAAUCAGGUUUCCGUCGAUGUGUGAGAAGAUGAGGAUCAGAAUUCUUGACUGGGACCGAGCCAGUCACAACGAUGUAAUCGGCACAACUCACCUUUGUAUGUCCAAGAUCUCAGCCCCUGGAGGAGAGCUAGAGGAUGACUUGACUCCCCGCAACGUCCAAUCUGGCAUGGAUGACACUCUUGGGUUCCUGCCCACAUUCGGUCCGUGUUUUGUCAACUUGUACGGAAGUCCCAGAGAGUUUAGCACGUUCAAUGACCCACAUGAAGCCCUCAACCUGGGAAAAGGGGAGGGCGUGGCUUACAGAGGUCGUGUUUUACUGGAACUGACUACAAAGCUGGUGGACAAGCCGGAGCCUAAAACGGAAGACAUCGUGUCAGAUAAUCUGCUGGUGGCUGAGAAGUUCCUCAGGAAGAGAAAAUAUUGUCUCUUUGUGGCGUUCUACUCGGCGACGCUCCUCCAAGAUGUUGACGACGCCAUCCAGUUUGAGGUCAGCAUUGGAAACUACGGCAAUAAAUUUGACUACAGCUGCCUCCCUCUGGCCUCAACAACGCAGUUCAGCAGGGCCGUGUUUGACGGUUGUCAAUACUAUUACCUCCCAUGGGGAAAUGUGAAGCCGGUGGUGGUACUGUCUUCGGCGUGGGAAGACAUCGCUCCACGGAUUGAGGCUCUCAAUAUGCUGCUGGCUAUCCUCCACAGACUUGAGGCCAAUCUGCAGCGGGUGGAGCUAGAAGUAAAAGCAGGAAGCGACAUGGACGUGCUGGAGGAGAGGGUAAUGGAGAUGUUAGAUCAGGUGAUCACAGACUGCAGUCAGGAGCUACCGUCUCUCCAGGACUGGCCGUGUGCCACCCCUUUGGACCGCUCACUCCGACACGUUCGCACUCUGCACCUGCAGCAAAUCCUGGCGGCGGCACUGGCCUUCAAACACGGGCCAGCCACAGAGCUUUCAGCCGUCAUGGAGCAGGCGGAGGACUGGAGCAGCCGACUGAGGAACUUAGCUGAGGAGCCUCAGAACAGUCUCCCUGACAUCGUGAUAUGGAUGCUGCAGGGCGAGCGAAGAGUGGCGUACCAUCGCAUCCCGGCACACAGCGUCCUCUUCUCUGAACGCCACCGUGGCAAACACUGUGGACAGUUGCAGACUGUCUUUCUCAAAUAUCCACAAGGAAGCUCCGCUGAGGCCAAGCUUCCCGGUCAGCUCAGGAUCAAAGUGUGGUUCGGACUGGCUGCAGAUAACAAACACUUCAACCAGUGCACUGAAGGGAAACUGUCUGUGUUUACAGAAACGUAUGAGAACCAGACCCGCCUUGCUCUUGUGGGCAGCUGGGGAACUGCAGGUCUCACCUGCCCUAAGUUCAGCGACGUGACGGGAAGGGUAAAACUGCCCAAGGAGAGUUUCAAACCCUCUCCUGGCUGGACCUGGGCCGGAGACUGGUACAUCAGCCCUGAGAGGACACUGUUGUUUGAUGUGGACGCCGGUCACAUGACAUUCACAGAGGAAGUUUUCGAAAACCAGAUGAGGUUACCUGGUGGCCAAUGGAUUGGCAUGCCUGAAGGAUACACUGAUGUGAAUGGCGAAAAGGCAGUGCCAAAAGACGAAGUGGAGUGCCCCCCGGGCUGGGUGUGGGAGGAGCCUGAGUGGAGUGAAGAUCUCAACAGGGGCGUAGAUGAUCAAGGCUGGGAGUACGGCAACACCAUCCCACCAGACCGCCGGCCCAAGUCAUGGGUCCCUGCAGAGAAGAUGUAUCACACCAACAGAAGGAGGCGAUGGAUACGCUUGAGAAGGCGCGACCAGAAAAAGAUGGAGGCUCUCAGAAAGCAACAUCCAGAUGAGGCUGAGAGGGAGGGCUGGGAGUACGCUUCACUGUUCGGCUGGAAGUUCCACCUGAAGCCGAGGAAGACGGACAGCUUCCGCCGGCGCAGGUGGCGGUACCGCAUGGAACCCCUAGAGAAGACAGGACCAGCGGCCAUCUUUGCACUGGAGUGCUCAUUGAGCAGCAUAGAAGACAAACAUGACGACAAGUUCGUCACCACCACGUUUGGCGUCAACAGACCUACAAUUUCCUGUUUCUUUGAGCAUGGGACCCGCUACCACCUGCGCUGCUAUUUGUACCAAGCUAGACAACUGCUGGCUAUGGACAAGGACAGUUUCUCUGACCCCUAUGCCAUCGUGUCUUUCCUCCAUCAGUCCCAGAAAACGGUGACGGUGCGUAACACCCUUAACCCCACCUGGGACCAGACGCUCAUCUUCUACGAGGUGGAGAUUUUUGGCGACCCCGAGGCCACGAUGGCUAGCCCCCCUCAUGUGGUGGUGGAACUUUAUGACCAGGACACAUACGGGGCAGAUGAGUUCAUGGGUCGCUGUGUGUGCUUGCCUUCACUGACCCGCUCGCCCGGCCUGGCCUGGUUCCCCGUUCACCUAGGAAACAAGGACGCUGGUGAACUUUUGGCAGCGUUUGAACUCAUACGCAGAGAGAAGGCUGCAGUUUACCACAUUCCAGGUCAAGAAGCUGACGUUUUGACCUCCAACCAUGUUCUGAAUGAGUUGAUGUUCCCAGCAUUUCUCAAUGAAAACCUGCAGCAAUGGCCAGACGAAUCAGAUCUUCCGUGCCUACCCCCUCAGAGGGAGCCGAAUGUCUUCAUGCUGCCUCAGGGGAUCAAACCUGUCCUGCAAAGAACCGCCAUUGAGGUGUUGGCGUGGGGAGUUCGCAACCUGAAGAGCUUCCAGUUGGCCAGCGUCACCUCGCCAAGCCUGCAGGUGGAAUGUGGCGGCACUACGGUCCAAAGCUGCGUCAUCAGAAACUUGAAAAAGAAAGCAAACUUUGAUGUCAACACACUCUUCAUCGACGUGAGACUCCCCGUGGUGGAGCUCUACAUGCCCCCAAUCGUCAUCAAAGUCAUUGACAACCGUCAGUUUGGCCGGAAGCCCAUUGUCGGCCAGUGCACCAUCCGCUCCCUGGAGAGGUACCGAUGCUGCCCAGAGGAUGAGGAUGGGGGCCGGGCAGAGGCAGAUGAAAACCAAGGUCAGAUCCCCCAUGUGGUCAGUGGCGAUGCCUUCAUCACUGUUGACGAUGAAGAGCCGCUCAUCUCACAUCAGCUUGCAGAUGGAGCCACUUCCGCUAUCAUUAACCUCUCCGCCUCUAGCUGCAGCUUCCAUGAAGAAGAAUUCAUAGACUGGUGGAGCAAAUUCUACGCAUCCACUGGAGAAACAAGGAAGUGUGGGAUGUACCUGGAACGAGGCUUGGACACUCUGCAGGUGUACGACAGAGAGUUGGAGAAAGUGGAGGCUUUUGAGGGUCUUUCAGAUUUCUGUCAAACCUUCAAGCUGCAGCGAGGAAAGACGCAGGAGGAAGGACAAGAUCCAUCAGUGGUGGGAGAGUUUAAGGGUAUGUUUAAGAUCUAUCCCCUGCCGGAGGACCCCUCGGCGCCUUUACCCUCAAGACAAUUCAGGAAGCUUCCUCCUAACGGUGUGGAGGAGUGUUUGGUCCGCGUCUAUGUCAUCCAGGCUCAAGGACUGCAGCCCAAAGAUGCCAAUGGAAUGUGUGACCCUUAUGUGAGGAUCUCACUGGGGAAGAAGACCAUCAACGACCAUGAAAAUUACAUCCCCUGCACACUGGAGCCUGUCUUUGGAAAGAUGUUCGAGUUGAGCUGUUCCCUUCCCCAAACUAAGGACCUGCGGGUAAUGCUGUACGAUCACGAUGUUCUCACCAAGGACGAAAAGAUUGGUGAGACGGUGAUUGACCUGGAGAACCGCUUCCUGUCCAAAUUUGGAGCCGGUUGCGGGCUGCCCAUGUCUUACUCCCUCUCGGGCGUCAACCAGUGGCGAGACCAGCUCACUCCCAGGCAGCUGCUGUCCAGAGUGUGUGAGCGGCGGAACCUGCGCAAGCCCGUCUAUCGCAAAGACACGGUCCAUUUCAGAGGGGUGCAGUACAGUGCUGUCGACCUCGAGGAUGGUCACAUGUCCAGACACCACUUGGGCCCGGUUGAGGAGCGUUUGUCGCUCCACAUCCUAAGAGAAAUGGCUCUGGUUCCGGAACACGUGGAGAACCGAGCGCUGUACAGCCCGCUGCAGCCUGACAUAGAGCAGGGACGUCUAUUGAUGUGGGUGGACCUGUUCCCCAAGUCUUUGGGACCACCCGGACCCCCCUUCAACAUCACACCGCGCAAAGCAAAGACGUUUUUACUGCGUUGCAUUAUCUGGAACACCAGUGAUGUCAUUUUGGAUGAUGUCAGCGUCACUGGGGAGAAGAUGAGUGACAUAUACGUGAAAGGAUGGCUGGAUGGACACGAAUACAACAAGCAGAAGACAGACGUCCACUACCGUUCGCUGGACGGAGAAGCAAUCUUUAACUACAGAUUUGUCUUUCCUUUCCUCUACCUACCCGCGGAGCAGCUAAGUGUGGUUGACAGGAAGGAACAUUUCUGGAGUUUGGACAAAGCCGAAACUAAACUGGCUCCGAAACUGACCAUCCAGGUGUGGGACAAUGACAAGUUCUCCUUCGACGACUACUUGGGUCACCUGGUGAUGGACCUCAAUUACAUGAUGCGUCCAGCCAAGUCGGCGGAGAAGUGCGACUUGGGUCUGCUGGAGCAGCCAAGCCAGCAGCUGGUGUCUCUGUUUGAGCAGAAGACCGUUAAAGGAUGGUGGCCUUGCAGCCGCGAGCAAGACGGACGCAGAAUACUAGCUGGCAAGGUGGAGAUGUCUCUGGAGAUUGUGACGGAACAAGAACAUGAGGAGAGACCAGCAGGUUUGGGUCGAGACGAGCCCAACAUGAAUCCUCACUUGGAAGAACCUCUGCGUCCGGAGACCUCUUUCCUGUGGUUUUCGUCCCCCUACAAGACGCUCAGGUUCAUCUUGUGGAGACGCUUCAAGUGCUUCAUCGUGCUGUUUAUUAUCCUCUUCCUCAUCUUCCUCUUCCUUGGGGUCUUCCUCUACUCCUUCCCGAACUAUGCUGCCAUGAGGAUGGUGGGCCCGUUUGGACCGGCACGGUCCGCAGAGUGACCGUAGAGCGCUUCUUCAUUUCCUGUGGACGGAUUCUGUCAGAACCUUGUCUCGGUUGUGCCUCACACUCCUCUUUACCUUAACGUUUGCUCCACGGUUGCUUUAUUGGCGUCAUCCCUCAUCUUCUUCCUGUCAUGUGUUUAUGCAGUGAGGAACAUUCAUUGAAAAAUAAUAACUGCUUAUUCUUUUGGAGUGUCACAAAUUUUCUUGUCCCUGUAACUGACAAAAGGUCUAUCGCUGGAAAAGUCUGACUUUCUUCAUCGGCCUUGCUCUCUCCAAAGUGGACCCGAGUGGAAAAGUUGACGUAGUGGUCCCGCCGGCGCUUGUAAACAAAAGUCACAUUGAGCACUCAAACGCUGGAAAGAUUUUAGCGAGCUUCUCGUCCUGCCAGGUCCAACCAGUUAGUAACCGCAGAGACCAACGUCUCACCAAAACGUCUGACCCGCUGCUCGGUUCGGGUCCCAUGCGACUGCUUGUUGUCUCUCGCAUUUAUCGGAACGUGUCAAUGGGACACGCAGGAAUAAAGCCAGACUAGGUCUGAGUAGGGACCUGACCUUGUUAACUAGUUGUGAUUUGUGUGUCCCAGCGCUCCAAGUGAGCCUUCUCGCCUCCUGUUUCUUCUCCAUGCCUGCUGUUGCCACAUCCGGCCUAGUCUUCUCCCGCUCUCCUCAUCCUUGUCUCCUCUUCCUCGGGGUGUUGUUGUGGUCAUCGUGAACUGCAGGUGAACCGAUGACCACAGCGUGUCUGUCUGUCUGUGUGUGUGUGUGUGUGUGUGUGUGUGUGUGUGUGUGUGUGUGUGUGUGUGUGUGUGCGUGUGCUGCACAGUGUGGGUGGGCUGUGGUGAAGGUCUGUCUUUACUCUCAAAUUUCCCAUUUUCCUCAUUCUCCUGUGUCCUUCCCCUCGGUGCCCUUUUUUCACUUCCCGUCUACCUUGAAGGUAGCUUGAAGAUGAAAAUCCUCUUCAUCUUUUUUCCUGUCUUACCGACAGUCACUGCAUACGUGCCGUACACAAACAGACGUAUAGUGGAUGGAUCAAGGUUCCCCAGAUGUGAUUUUUGCGUCUGGUUUCAUUCGAAACAAGCAAGGACGCACACGACAUCAAAUGGUUGCGGCUGGUGAACAGGAAGUAGCUUUAUCACAAUCAUCGUUGCACAUGUGUGAUGUGACUCUAGCUGCGUCUCAAAUUGAAAAGGGUCGUCCUUCGCCACAUGGCACUUCAAAUGUUGCGGCUUCACAACAUCGCAGAUUUAAAAAAAAUAAAAUGUUGUUUUUAAAGCAUGUUCUAGGCGCCAGCGCCCCCCGCGAGCCCAAAAGGGAAUAAACAAUAGAAAAUGGAUGGAUAUUCUACAAUUUUUGGUCUUAAAUUAAGCUUUUUCGAUCAUAAAAAUGGCAAAGUAAACAAAAAGAAAACCCAUCAAUGCCACAGUAGCACUGGCCACUAGAGGAGACCUAACCAAUCAGAGUGUGGUUUUCAGUAUAGAGGCCACUGACUGGCGCAGGCUCGGGCAGCAUUACUGUGUUGGAUGAAAGGAGUGUAAAGGUGACUAAAGAUUGUUAUUUCAUGCCUGCAGGGCUCUUUUAAUGUUAAAAAGCAUUUUGGUUGGAAAUAUAUUUUUUAAUAACCUGACUCUCGCCAGAUCCUUGUAGUUCGCUGAGCUCCACACAAGGAUCUGAGACUUCUCAAUAGGAGAUGUAUUUCAGAAGGCGGGCCUUGUAAAAAAAAUCAUUGUAUGUGAUUGGAUAAACCACUUGUCCGUUAUCUUGAAUGACUUGCUACUUCAACCACUCACAUCCAAAUCAACCCGUGUUGCUGAUGAAAGACGCUGAGAAAUCCAAAACAGAACAGCCGACAUAUUGGAUAGUGACAGAGUGAAAAGUUAGAGAACUUUUACUGAAACAACGCAGCAAUGUCAGUAGACGAUUGAUGUUCGACAAAACAGUUGCAGUAGGAGAAUCAAUGUCAGCACACGACUCUUCACUGCAUGCCGCCAUUGUUGUUUGAAUAAAACAGUCACUUCGGCACUACAUCACAUCUAUGAAAUCCCGCCCGGUGAUCCUGAUUGGUUCAUUAUUUUUUGCUAUCUCGCGGCUGUGUUGGAUCCACUAUGGAUUGAACUUUCACAGUAUCAUGUUAGACCCGCUUGACAUCCAUUGCUUCCGGUCCCCUAGAGGGGGGGGGGGGGGUUGCCCACAUAUGUUGUCCUCUCCAAGGUUCUCAUAGUCAUCAUUGUCACCGACGUCACACUGGGUGUGAGAUUUCCUUGCCCUUAUGUGGGCCUACCGAGGAUGUCUUAGUGGUUUGUGUUGUGGUUUGUGCAGCCCUUUGAGACACUAGUGAUUUAGGGCUAUAUAAGUAAACAUUGAUUGAUGUUUGACUAUCUUGAAGGAGUUUGCACUGCCCUAGAUCCCAGAUCCUUGUGUGGAGCUCAGCGAACUACAAGGAUCUGUCGAGAGUCGGUUUACUUUUUUAAUGCUCUAUCUAUGAAAAUAUUUGAUUUCUAAUGAAUAAUUUCUACUUUGCUGUGAACUGUCAAAAACCAGUUAACAGCAAUAAACAAGGGACAAAUGUACUUCCAUUUGUACACUACAGUAAGUACACUGUAAGUACACUAUACGCUGUAUAAAUACUGUAGUGCCUUAGUGUGACACUUCUUUUCCUCCUCCUUUUUGUUCAUCUGGUUCUUCUCAUCAUUCUCUAUCUUUCUUUUUUCUUCUUUCCUCUCCUGUUCAUCACUGUGCAGACAGGUAUACAAACAAUAGUUCACCAUAUUUCACAUAUUUAUGCACUAAACAUGUUUUAAGUGUGAGUGCACUAAUGGAGACACAGCCAUCAUGUACAGUAUGUCUGUUUGUUUAUUGGUGGCGGCGCCUCAUUAUAGUUAGUUUGACAAACAGCCACUUUCAAAGGUGACAUUUCAGUGUGCUGCUAUUUGUUUGCUGUUGCCCAGACCGCCACAAUAAAAGCCUUUUGCACGCUG